AUGUGGGUUUUGGAAAGACAGAAGUUAGGAUCAACAGACAGAAGUCAGAAUCAUCAAACAGAAGUCAGAAUCAACAGACAGAAGUCAGAAUCAACAGACAGAAGACAAAGUCAGAAUCAACAGACAGAAGACAAAGUCAGAAUCAACAGACAGAAGACAAAGUCAGAAUCAACAGACAGAAGACAAAGUCAGAAUCAACAGACAGAAGACAAAGUCAGAAUCAACAGACAGAAGACAAAGUCAGAAUCAACAGACAGAAGACAAAGUCAGAAUCAACAGACAGAAGACAAAGUCAGAAUCAACAGACAGAAGACAAAGUCAGAAUCAACAGACAGAAGACAAAGUCACCUUGCCUAUCCAUCAGAGGAGCCAAAAGGUUGCCCUGAAGCAGAACCAAAGCUGGGUGGGGAAGGUGACUAUCCUGGUGUGGGAACCAUGAUUGAUAGUUAA